ACGUGGCCAUCAGCUCUCCGUUUGGCGGGGAGGACCAGCAGGGUCUCGUCUACAUCUUUAACGGUUUCUCCGAGGGUCUGAAGGAGAAACCCUCGCAGGUGAUUUCGGGUCAGUGGGCUGCAGGAUCGGUUCCUGCCAGCUUCGGGUUCUCCCUCCGAGGAAAUAAAGACCUGGACAUGAACGGAUACCCAGAUCUCAUUGUCGGUGCCUUUGGUGUCAAUAAGGCGGUUCUCUACAG